GUACAUAAACGGCGCAAAAUGGCACAAGGGAAGGAAAAGAAGAAAACGACGAUAAAAAACGAUCAACAGGAAAAGGAGAAGACGUGCGGUAAUUCAGAGCUGCCUCAUACAGCCGAGGAAGAUGAAAAAAUAAAGUCAGAGAGCUGCUCUGCUGGUUUAACAGUGAACCAACCUGACCUCCAUGACCGUCCUGACAGUGAUGAGCAGCCUGUAGAAGACGACAUUUAUGAACUUCCCACACUUUUUUGCUUAAUUGUACAAAAAUACGAAGGGGAAACAUGUGAAAGCCGGUUUCAUGGAGAAGGGGUUGCAUGUUUUGAAGGAGGCCAUGUGUACAAGGGGAUGUUUUCCAAGGGACUUAUGGAUGGAUGUGGUAUCCUCACACUGGCAGGUGGAUUGAAAUAUGAGGGAGAAUUUGUGUGCAACAAGCCCAUGGGCCAGGGCGCCUACACCUGGCCGGACGGCAGCUCUUAUAAGGGUGAAGUGUACAACGGUAUACGACAUGGGACUGGAACUUACAAAUGUGCAAAAAAUGGAGUGACAUACACGGGGAAGUGGGAUCAGGGCAAGAGGCACGGAAAGGGUACGGUGUUUUAUAACCAGGAUAAGACCUCUUGGUAUAAAGGAGACUGGGUGAAGAACAACAGAGAGGGAUGGGGAGUGAGACGCUACCUGUCUGGUAACACUUACUCUGGUGAGUGGAAGAACAACCUGAGACAUGGAGAGGGGACGAUGAGGUGGCUUAAGCUGGGACAGCAGUAUGUUGGGAUGUGGCAGAACGGAGUCCAGCAUGGACGAGGCACACACACCUGGAUCCUGAGGCGAGCAGACGGAUCUCAGUAUUCCCAGAGCAAUCAGUACACAGGGGAUUUUGUUCAGGGUCAGAGGCAUGGGCAGGGAACCUUUUACUACGCUGGUGGUGCAAUCUACGAACAAGAAUGGAGGAUGAAUAAAAAACAUGGGAAGGGGAAAUUCACUUUCGAGGAUGGGCGUGUUUUUGAAGGAGAGUGUUUGGACCAUCAGACAAUGCACAACCUGAAUGGGAAGAAAGAUCCUAUUCCUCCACCUGUUUCAUCUAUCUUGGGACCAGACAUGACUUUGAACAUUGAAUGUCUUCUGGAGAAAAUCCCAGAGAGAAAGCGCGACACGGAGCGUAAACAGGUGGAGUUUGUGGUGCUGAGGCAAGACAGAGAGCUCAGGUCCAUCUAUAGUUUCUACAGCAGACUUGGCCACACCCGCUCCCCUGAUAACACCUUCCUGCUGUCCCGCCUGCAGCUGUGGCGCCUGCUCAAAGACUGUAACGUCCACCAUCAGGGCAUCACUCUGACACAGAUAGAUCAUUUAAUCAGAGAGGAUGCGACAACAGCAGACAUCCACUCUCCUUACACUCCCAUGCUUCUGCGCCAGCUCCUCAGCUGUCUAGUGGUUGUGGCCUACCACAUCUACCAUAAGGACAUGGUGUCACAAAAAAACCUUCUGGCUGCCUGCUUUUCCAGACUGAUGACAGACAACAUCCUUCCUAAUGCUAAGAAUGUAAAAGGUUUCCUGUUCAGGCAGCCAGACUGUGCAGUGGUUACUGUGAGCUACUUAAAGAAGUGCUGGGAAGUCUAUCAGGCUCACUGCAAAGCGAGUGGAGCUCCCAGAGAUGACCAGACCAUGACCUGCCGACACCUGCUGUGGAUGUUCAAGGAUCUCCAUCUGCUGGACAGCAACCUGACCACAGCGAGACUGUUGCAGAUCAUCACAGCAGAGAGCCAUGACCCCAGCAAUCUGUCUGCCUGUCUGGAUCUGGAGAUUACAUUCCUGGAGUUUUUUGAGGUGCUUCUGGGCUCUGCUGAGGUGAAGUGUCAGCAGGUUUCUGAACACCUGGAGGAAAGCAAGCUGCCCUCCAGUCCUGAGGCUGAGGCCAGGAGGAAUCAACCUGAGGUGGAAUCCAGCGAGAACAUGUUGCAGACAGCAAACAGCUCCACUCAGUCGGUGGCAGCUUCACUGAGCUCCACCAUCACUCCUGAAAUCUCCAACCUCAAGUCAGUGGAGACAAGUGAUUCAGCAGAAUUAUCCACUGCCCAAGAAGUGAAGAGUCAACAACAUGUGAAUGAAAUCAGUGAGAAACCUCAGUCUGCAGAGCACACAAGAGGGCAGAGAGGUGAAGGAAAACAUGUGCACACCAAUAGACUGGAGACCAAAGACUGUGAAGUGGAGCUCUGGAAAAAAAACAUCCAUCAAUUCUUCAACCACUUUUUCUUCCCAGCUUUUGAACAUAACCAGUUAGUGUCUAAUAACAUGAAGGAGGAGAAGCUCCGCCAGGAGGCCCAGAGACAUUGCUCUGGCCAAGGCCCAGCAAAGAGCCAGGGAGAGGGGGCAUUUGGAGCUUUGAUGAAUGACAGAAGUCUCAGAAGAGAAAUGAGAAACCUGACGAAUGUAGGAUGAAGCACACUAUCCUGUAUUUGAACUUUCCACAAUCUUAAAACAAAC